AUGGAAAACUCAGAAUCGGAAGAGCCAGAGAAGAAGAGACCUCACUUGAAUUCUCCGCUUUCGCCUACCAUGGCUCGUAAAUCUUCCACUUCUCCUCCCGACAACAAAUCUAAAUGUGAAAUAGUUGGGUUUGGUAGUGUUAGGGCAUGGUUAUGGAUAAAACCCAUGAUUUUGAAGAUGAUUAGGAAGAUUUAUGGAACUCUUGAUUUUGAAACCCCUUCAGCUUAUCAAGCACUUAUGGGGGAGAAAGGAGUAGAUGUUGCAGUUCUUCAGUGUCAGAAUCAAAAGCUUGUGCAGCAAUUAGAGGUUCAGAAGCAUGAAUUGCAUGGUCUUGAAGCUAAUAUUAAAGAACGUAGAGACAAGCAAACUUCAUAUGAUGGCAUGUUAAUUACCGUGAACCAACUAUGGAAUCAGUUGGUUGAUGAUUUAGUAUUAUUUGGCAUAAGAGCUGGAGGAGGCCAAAAUUUUUUACAAAUCUUGGAUCAUGCAGACCAUUCUGGAGGUUCAAUUCCACCAUGUCCUGCUGAAGAGAUAUUUCUUUGUAGACUGCUAAAGAUAGAUUCUAUUCAAAGCAAUGGAAGUGAUAGAAUUGUUAGAGUUGUCGAAGAAGCCCUUGCCUCACGGCACUCUUCUACUAUGGAGUUGAUGAAAUUUCUUGAAGAUACUGUUGAUGCUCAGAGGGCAAAAACUGAGAGCAUAGCAGAGGGUUUGAAUGGAAAGCUAUACACAGAAGAUGCCAUCAUCCAGUUGUCUAAGAUCGAUGAUAUGAUGAAAGACGAGGCUAAGAAUCUGCAUGAGGUGAUUGAUGUUCUCCACUCAAAGCAUAAGGAAUACUCUGAUGAGAUUCAGACUUGUAUAAGCAGCCAUUCUUCGGAUCAAUCUGAGAUUAAACGAGUUGCAGGUGAUUUGGAAGAGAUCAUGGCUGAACUUGAAGAAAGUAGAAGAAAGCUAGUCAAUUUGAAAAUGGAAAAGGAUGCAGCAGUUGGGAUUCAUACUCCAGCUCCAAGUGCAGUAAAUGGAAACUUGUCACCUGAAAAGACUGCAGAUAGGUCGAAGCAUUUGCGGGAAUUGAGGGAUUCCCUUGAUGAGACAAAGAUUCUUGCAGCUGACCGUCUUUCUGAGCUUGAAGGCGCACGAGAUGAAAAUCAAACCUUAUCGAAAGAAUUGGAAGAUCUUGAGAAUGAACUUAAGGAUGACAAACAUAUACAUUCAUCUCGUCUCUACAGUUUAGUAAAUGAUCAGCUCCAGCAUUGGAAUGAUGAAGUGGAACGAUGCAAACUACUGACAGAUUCUUUGCAGGCCGACAGCUCUUUUGUUCUGAGAAGGGAGAAGGAAGUGAAAGCAAAAGUGGAGUUAGCAGAUGCUGCAAGAAAUACCAUGGAAACCGCUGAGCCUAGGAUCGAAGAGCUCGAGCUUAAGCUGCACAAGUGUAUUAUUGAAAAAAAUGAUCUUGAGAUCAAAAUGGCAGAAGCUGUUCAGGAUUCAGGGAGAAAGGAUAUUAAAGAAGAGUUCCGUGUUAUGGCCUCCGCUUUGUCUAAGGAAAUGGGCAUGAUGGAAGCACAGUUGAACAGAUGGAAACAGACUGCACAUGAGGCAGUUUCCUUGCGUGAAGAAUCCAAAUCACUAAAAGCCUUGCUAAAUGAAAAGACAAAUGAACAAAAAUGCUUAGCAGGCAAAUGUGCUGAACAGAUGGUGGAAAUAAAAUCUCUUAAGACCAUGAUUGAGAAGUUGCAGAAGGAGAAGCAGGAACUGCAAAUAAUCUUGGACAUGUAUGGACAGGAGGGUUAUGACAACAGAAAUAUUCUUGAAAUAGAAGAAUCUGAACGCAGAGCUUACUCUCAAGCUGAAGUUCUGAAAAGCAUGUUGGAUGAACACAGUCUAGAGUUGAGAGUCAAAGCUGCUAAUGAGGCUGAAGCUGCCUGCCAACAAAGGCUUUAUGAUACUGAAGCUGAAAUAGCUGAAUUAAGAGCCAAACUGGAUGCUUCUGAACGAGAUGUUUUCGAGGUUAAAGAAGCCAUUAAAAGUAAAGAUAAGGAGGCUGAGGCAUAUAUUUCUGAAAUUGAGAACAUUGGCCAAGCUUAUGAAGAUAUGCAGACACAAAACCAACACUUAUUGCAGCAAGUCGGUGAGAGGGAUGACUACAAUAUCAAGCUGGUAUCUGAGAGUGUGAAGACAAAGCAAGUUCAAAGCUUUCUACUCUCUGAGAAGCAGGCACUGGCUAAGCAACUUCAACAAGUUAACGCGUCAGUGGAAUCAUUAAAAUCGAGGAUUGCUCACAGUGAAGAGCAGAUGAAGCAUUGUUUGAUAGAGGCUGUUAGAUCUACUGAAGAAGACAGACAUCUUGCAAUCAAUCUUGAAAGUGCAAGGUGGGAAUUGAUGGAUGCCGAGAAGGAGUUGAAGUGGCUUAAAUACGCUGUUUCUUCUUCUGAGAAGGAGUAUGAGCAGAUCCAGAAGAAGAUAGACGAAAUCCAAACAGAACUGGACGGUGAAAAGUGUGGUACGUUGUGUAAAGGAACUUUUGGCAAACCUAAUAUUUAUCUGACGAGGGAAUUUUGCCAAGCCAGGAGUGAAAACAAAAGGCUUGAGGAAGACCUCAUGGAGUUGAACAAUAGAGUUGUUGAGUUGACUUCUGAAACUGGCGAGGCUGCAAUACAGCGACUCCAAGAUGAGAUAAAAGAUUGCAAAAGUAUUCUCAAGUGUAGUGUGUGUUCUGACCGGCCUAAGGAGGUUGUAAUCGUGAAAUGUUAUCAUCUGUUCUGCAAUCCAUGUAUCCAAAGGAAUUUAGAGAUUCGCCAUCGGAAAUGCCCUGGAUGUGGAACUGCAUUUGGUCAGAAUGAUGUUCGGUUUGUUAAGAUAUGA